UAUCAAAGUCCUUGCUGCAAAGGGGCCAUGAACGGGACACGUUGCAGUGCAGGGUUAAAGUAAAGGAGCUGCGGAGUGCCUAUUGCAAAGCCUGUAAGGGAAACCGCCGCUCAGGAGCUGCCCCCACGACCUGCCGUUUUUACAAGGAGCUGGAUGCCAUACUUGGGUGUGACCCCACUGCCAAUCUGAGGACCACGAUGGAGAGUUCAGAGCAGGGAGAAGUGGGGGAGGGUGUAGAGGAAGCCGAGAGUGAGGCUACUGGGGUGGAGGGACUCACCCCGGAGUCCCAGGAGGCAUGCAGCCAGGAGCUCUUCUCAAGCCAGGAGGAAGCUAGCCAGUCGCAGCAGCUGGAACUUGUUGGUGAAGAAGAAGCAGAGGAGCGGGUUCCUGUGUCCUUGAAUCCUCCGGCCCUAUCACAGCCUGCUGAAAAAUUACAGAACUUGAGGCGUAAACCCAGGAAAAGCAAAGAAGAUUUGGUGAAAGCAGUUAUGAAUCAGUAUGCCAGAGAGAGUAAGAGGCUGCAGGACUGGAGAGAGAAAAUGCAUGAGUGGAGGGAAACACAAAGCAGGAGAAAGGAAUUGGCUACCAAGAAAAGCACAAAGCAGCUGAUAAGCCUCCUGGCACGCCAAACGGACUGUAUGCAGUCUCUCGUAGCCAUGCAGGCAGAUCAGUACCGUGCUAACCCACCCCCCCCCCCAAAGCUCUCUCCCUUGUGCCCCAGUGUUUGCUCAAAACACCUUUCUCCAGCAGCCUGGUUCUUACCACCACCAGCUGCCCCCAACACCUGUACGUUCACCUACCAGCCCUGAGAACUACGACCCUCACCCUAUGCACUCAACCCCCAUCACCAUGCAGCAUAUUAAUCCUGAAGUGCAGCAGGCAUUGCACAGCAAUCCAGGCAGGACAUAUUCAAACCUCUGAAUGUACAGUCCAGCACCCUAACCCCCUGC